UCCGAGGGAUGUCACUAGGGGUGCGACCUUUGACGUUCACGAAAAAACAGUUGAACAAAAAAAGGAAAAUGGCGGGCGGCGCUAGCCGGUGAAGGGUAGAAAGGAGAGGGUAAACCUCCCGGAGGGAUCGACGGGGAAUUCAGUUGUGGUCGAGUGAAGUAAAAGCGAGAUUCGACGGCGCAUUCACGAUUCAAACAUGGCAGCGGCUACCAGCGUCGUCGUACUGGACCGAGGCAACAACACCACCUGCACGAUUAAUCUUCACGGAGCGACCGUGGUUUCCUGGCGAGUAAACAACCAGGAACAAUUAUUCGUUAGUAAGCAGGCGGUAUUUGAUGGGAAAAAAGCAAUCAGAGGCGGAAUACCAUUUGUCUUUCCUCAAUUCGGGGCUUGGACGUUCGGUCCGGGACAUGGAUUCGCCAGAAUCGUACGCUGGAACUUGGAGAAAUCUCCGGAGCGUCUACCAAGUGGAGACGUGGAAGCGAUUUUCUCGGUCAUGGACAGUGAAUUUACAAGGUCCAUGUGGAAUUAUCCCUUCAGGCUGACCUACAGACUCAUACUGAGAGAAAAAGAGCUACAUUUUAACAUCGGGGUGUACAAUCCCAGCAAGGAUCACACCUUUAGUUUCAAUCUGCUGCUUCAUACGUACUUCAAGGUUCCGGAUGUCAGACGAUGUCAAGUCACAGGUCUUCACGGAUGCACUUUCAUCGACAAGACUAGAGACAAUCAAAUAUUUCAAGAGGGUCGCGACGUGGUAACGAUCUGCGAAUGGACGGAUAGAAUCUACCAAAACACGCAACCGGAACACAUAAUAACAAAUGUUGUGUCCGGUAGAAAAAUGAGAGUACAGAAGUAUAAUUUCCCCGAUACGGUCGUUUGGAACCCGUGGCAAGACAAGGCUCGGGAUAUCCCAGACUUUGGAGAUGACGAAUUCCCGAACAUGAUAUGCGUCGAGAGCGGACACGUUAGCAGUCCCGUAAUCCUACUGCCGGGGACUGCCUUCGAGGCUAGCCAAAUUCUGCAGGUAAUGUGAGCGGAGAAUGGACCGUCAAACGGGCCAAGCUCCUCGCUUCCGUCAACGUCGACUAGAGCCUCCGCAUCGCACGUUUGGCUCUCUCAAACAGAGAACAGCCAGUGGCCCUACCCGGUGCAGCCCGAUCCGCAAACCUUCCAACAAUUACAACCACAUGGACAACUUAUACCGCAGCAACUGUGUAGAGAUAAAAACUGCAACGCCAGAUGCUGUACGAUAUGUACUCUGAAUCUUUAAAAUGUCUGGAGAUUUUCGAUCCGAGCUGCGCUAACACUCCUACGAUUUUUCAAACGCAAAUUUUUCCCCCCCCCCCCGUCUAGGAACGAUUAUAAAAUCGUUCGAGCAAAACUGUCCGAGAGACGGUGUAUCGUCGAGUGUAAAGGUAGCUCGUAAUUAGGGUGGGCUGCUCACAGGUUUAUAUCAAUAUUUAUCUGGCCUAGGAUCUGGAAGAGAGAGCGUAAGACCUUGCUCAAGUUGAUAUCGAGAAUUAUCUGGAAGAGUAACGCCGAUGUCGUUAGUUUUGGCGUAGAAUUGAAUUGAAGAAAACCGCGUUUUUCGCGUUGGUCGACUCUAAAGUAGUAUAAAUAAUAAAUUAAGGUAAUGUCGUAGAUGUAUUUUACACGUACGAUUAUGAUGAUAAUGACGAUAAGGACUCUUCCGCCAAACUCUCAAAAAGUAAUUUUUUAAUUCCGUUGUUACAUUCCUCGAUAAAAGAAACCUAGUUUUUCUUUUACGCUUUCCGUUUUUUUGUUCCACCGAACCCUUCCCUGUCGCAAUAAUUAAUAAUGGACAUAAUUAAUUUGUCACCCACGAAUAAUAAUACAUUUAUGGUGCUAUAAUAUAUAAGUGACUUCCGAUUAUUCAAACAUAUAUGUAAUAGAUUUUUUUAUAUAGUUUGGUGCCUACGCCAGCUUUCAGAUAUUUAUCCCCAAUCCCUAUAUUCAAAUUAUCGAUAUCAAUGGGGUAUCUACAUUUUUGGAUAAUCAACCCUAUAGAAUAGCACCACCUAAUAUCCUGGCAGUUCAUAAGCUGGCUAAGAUAUUUGCCAUAUUUGGGUUCGUUCGUCCAAGAUUGUAUUUAUCCAUUUGAAAAUAAUAGGAAAAAUCAUUGUUAGCAAUUUAUGUAGCUAUUAGAUAUACAUAUUACGUAUGUAUGCUCGAUGCCGAUCAGGAGUGUGACUGUUCUUACUAGCGUCCGUUGCAACUGGUAAACUGCCAAUAAUAGCUCAACGAUAUUUCGAACAACGAUUUUACAUUUUUACAAUUCACAGAUACGUACAAUUUAUGUGUAAUUACUCGUAGGACAGGGUCCGUUUCAAGAAGUAUAAAAGAAAUCAAUCAUUUCCAAGGGCCGACGAACUGUAAUUUUUUCGACUCGUAUUUAUACACAUGUUGGAAAUGAUACGAGAUGUACGUAAAUCUGAUAUUCUUCGCUAAUAAUAUCCAUCAGAUUAUGAUUUUAUCAUAUUUUUAUUGUGACGUAGAAUAUAAGUCUGAUGGUGCUCAAUUACGAAAAAGAUACAGUAGAGAACGUUGUUAGCGAGUGCCAUUUCUGUAUUUCCAAGUCACAUACGUUCAUGACCGAUGAAUCUUAUGUUUCGUUGGUAUUAAAGCACAAGUUUUACCAGCCCUGACUUACUUCUCGAUCUUUAGUUGUGAUAUUAAUUCAAUUAGCUGCUCAGACACGUUCCUAUUGCAAUCUGAAUUUCAUUGAUUAUUAGUAGCUGGGACGCCUUAAUUGAGUAUACGAAACAGGAUACGUUAACGAAAAUAAUUAUGUAUACGAUCGGGAUUUGGUUCUACUUUUAAAGGUGAACCUCCUUAUACCUAAUCUUUCGAAUAGUGACGACUCGUUGCUGUUACACACAAUAUUUACGAUUCGUCUAUGUAAUAUAUUAUAUGUAUUUUGUGAGCGUGUAAGGGUUUCCAUUAUGGGUUUUAAAUGAUUUGCUUGAUCUUGCUUUCGAUUCAUCACCAAAGUUCCUCGGUUAGUUUAAAUUGAUAAAUAAAAUUGAAGUUAGUCCAGUAGUUUACUUAGCAGGGAGUAUUCUUUGAAUGCGCGACGAUUGAGUUGAGGAGUCUGACAAAAAUGUGAAAGAGUUAACAAAGAUUAAGUAGACUACUGUGAUAUUCAAUAAAUUUUUUGUUUAAUAGACGCAAUUAUGAAAAAUUUAGUAAUAAAUUUCGUUAACAGUAGCUAUAAUGAUUAGUAGAAAUAAUACUAUUAGAUAAGGGUUUUGGUCUUUAGAGGCUAGACAAUACUCGAAAUUUUUUAAUACAAAUUAAAUUCUCUUUUCACGUUUUCUUUCCCAUGUCAGGAAAAUGGUAACAUCGUGACAUCAUGGUGUUCACAGAUUGAAUAAUAAGAUGAUCAUGAAUUUGAAAAAUCGAUACGCUAUUGACCAUGGCAUCGAUACACGAAUUUUCUGCUCAAUGAGAAAUAGUAAAACGCAUUUUUACCGUUAUUAUAAUGAUUCAACUUAUGCAUCAUGAAUACACGAAAAUAUGUUGAAAAUGUACUUUUGGGAAAGUGCAAUAAAAAUAUGGGAAAUAAAAA